AGUCGACGGUUGCAAAUGGCGACAGCCACGAAGUCUCUGGCACGGGCUCGCGAAUAGUUCCACGCCUACCGUGCGCCCCGCGACCGAGCCGUGCACGAAAACCGCAACCCCAGCCCAGAUCGGUAGUUUUAAGCAAAACCAGGCAAAAUGCCGGCCGUCAGAGGAGAUGGUAUGCGUGGAUUGGCGGUGUUCAUAUCGGACAUCAGGAACUGUAAAAGUAAAGAAGCGGAGAUCAAGAGAAUUAAUAAGGAACUAGCAAACAUUCGCAGUAAAUUCAAAGGAGACAAAACGCUUGAUGGAUACCAGAAGAAAAAGUACGUUUGCAAGUUGUUGUUCAUUUUCCUUCUUGGUCACGAUAUCGACUUCGGACAUAUGGAGGCUGUCAAUUUACUUUCGUCAAACAAAUAUUCAGAGAAACAAAUCGGUUACCUUUUCAUAUCAGUCUUAGUGAAUACUAAUAGCGAUCUGAUCAAGUUGAUCAUACAGAGUAUAAAGAACGAUCUCGCCUCACGCAAUCCGAUUCACGUGAACCUAGCGUUGCAAUGUAUCGCGAAUAUCGGCAGCAAGGAAAUGGCGGAGGCUUUUGGCAAUGAGAUCCCGAAAUUGCUUGUCUCAGGCGAUACUAUGGACGUUGUAAAGCAAAGCGCUGCGUUGUGCCUGUUGCGACUAUUACGGACCGCUCCCGACGUUGUACCCGGUGGUGAAUGGACGUCGCGCAUCGUCCAUCUGUUAAACGAUCAACACCUUGGUGUCGUAACAGCUGCGGCAUCGCUAAUAGACGCCCUCGUCAAGAGAAAUCCCGACGAGUAUAAAGGCUGCGUCAGUCUCGCGGUCUCGAGAUUAAGUAGAAUCGUCACGUCGAGUUACACAGAUUUGCAGGAUUAUACGUACUACUUCGUGCCGGCUCCGUGGUUGUCCGUCAAGCUGCUGCGCUUGUUGCAAAACUACACUCCCCCAGCUGAGGAUCCGGGUGUGAGGGGUCGAUUGAACGAGUGUCUAGAGACAAUACUGAACAAAGCUCAAGAACCACCAAAGUCAAAGAAGGUUCAGCACUCGAACGCGAAAAACGCUGUGCUGUUCGAGGCGAUUAGUUUAAUUAUUCACAACGACAGCGAGCCGAAUCUUCUAGUACGGGCGUGCAAUCAGCUCGGCCAAUUCUUGUCCAACCGCGAGACCAAUCUGCGAUACCUCGCGCUCGAGUCCAUGUGCCAUCUGGCUACGUCCGAGUUCUCGCAUGAAGCCGUGAAGAAGCACCAGGAGGUAGUCAUAUUGUCAAUGAAGAUGGAGAAGGACGUCUCGGUGAGGCAGCAAGCAGUGGACCUAUUGUACGCCAUGUGCGACAAGAGCAAUGCCGAGGAAAUAGUUCAGGAGAUGUUGAAUUACUUGGAAACGGCCGACUACUCGAUCAGGGAAGAGAUGGUCCUGAAGGUGGCGAUCCUCGCCGAGAAAUAUGCGACUGAUUACACUUGGUACGUCGACGUUAUCCUGAAUCUGAUCAGGAUAGCGGGCGAUUACGUCUCCGAGGAAGUCUGGUACAGAGUCAUCCAAAUCGUCAUCAAUCGAGACGACGUUCAGGGUUACGCCGCGAAGACCGUCUUUGAAGCGUUACAGGCGCCCGCUUGCCACGAAAACAUGGUCAAAGUUGGCGGUUAUAUACUGGGGGAGUUUGGUAAUCUCAUCGCCGGCGAUCAACGUUCCUCUCCAGCUGUUCAGUUUCAACUUCUACAUUCCAAAUACCAUUUAUGCUCUCCUAUGACACGAGCAUUGCUGCUCUCGACGUACAUAAAAUUCGUCAAUCUGUUCCCCGAGAUCCGAACUCAGAUACAAGAUGUCUUCAGGCAGCACAGUAACUUGCGCAGCGCCGACGCCGAACUGCAACAAAGGGCAUCAGAAUAUCUGCAAUUGAGCAUCAUUGCCUCGACUGAUGUUCUGGCUACCGUGCUGGAAGAAAUGCCGGCUUUCCCCGAGAGGGAGUCGUCCAUUCUCGCGGUCUUGAAGAAGAAGAAACCGGGCCGGGUACCGGAGAACGAGAUCAGGGAGAGCAAGAGUCCGGCGCCAAAUGCCAACCAUCACACCGAGACUCCCGCUACUGCAACGACCGCGACAGUCAACAAUUCUUCCGCCGAUCUGUUGGGACUAUCGACUCCACCUUCCUCCCAGCCGUCUAGUAACACGGGCGUGUUACUCGACGUGUUAGGAGAUAUUUAUAACAUGAACAAAGUUGGCGCUACUAAUGGCACCCAAAACACGUACAAUCCUAAGAAGUUCGUUUGCAAGAAUAACGGCGUUCUGUUCGAGAAUGAUUUGAUACAGAUCGGCGUAAAGUCGGAAUUCCGGCAGAAUCUUGGACGCGUCGGUCUCUUUUACGGGAACAAAACUCAGUACGCGCUACACAGUUUUCAGCCGCAGCUAUCUUGGUCGGACGAGAAUCAGGCGAAAUUGGCUGUGCAAGUGAAGCCUGUUGAUCCUAUAUUGGAGGCUGGUGCUCAGAUCCAGCAAAUGAUUAACGCGGAAUGCAUCGAUGACUAUGGCGAUACGCCGAGCAUGCUUAUCUCUUUCAUUUAUAACAAUGUGCCACAGAAGAUCACGAUGAAGUUACCAUUAACAAUUAACAAGUUCUUCGAACCGACAGAGAUGAAUGGAGAAUCAUUCUUCGCAAGAUGGAAAAAUCUCGGCGGGACGAAUCAGCAGCGCUCGCAGAAGAUCUUCAAGGCGCAGCAACCGAUGGAUCUGACGCAAGUACGAACGAAAUUACAAGGAUUUGGGAUGCAAUUGCUCGACGGCAUCGAUCCAAAUCCCGAUAACUUCGUCUGCGCCGGCAUCGUUCACAUGAGGGCGCAGCAAGUAGGUUGCUUGUUGCGCCUCGAACCCAAUAAACAAGCCCAGAUGUUCCGCUUAACAGUACGUUCGAGCAAGGAGUCGAUGUCCGUAGAGAUCUGUGACCUGCUGGUGGACCAAUUUUAAACGGCCUAGCAGGCGUUAAGUUGCGAGGGAUUAGCACGGCACCAUGAGAGGACGUGUCGUUAUGAAGGGAAAGUGUCGUCUCGCGCCGCUCAGAAAAAAAAAAGAUACUGACGAUUAUUUGUUAAGAGAUACUUUUGCGUUGUACCCAAGCUUACACUCAUAACGCUGUUAUAUGAGAUCUGUAUCUGCGUGUAGGUAGUUCCGUGUAUAUCAUUUUAUCGGGAGGAAGCAUAGGUUUUGAAUCAGGACUGCCGCAAUCGAAGCGUCACGUACAGAGAGAAUAAGGGACACGUGUAAAAACCGGCUACGAUCGACAGUAUUAUCGCAUAAUCGAUGGUGAUAGGGAUUCGUUGAACAACGGAUCUGCAUCUCGCGUAUCUUGCAUCCACAGUAUACGUGAUGAUCAAACGAGGAAAAUGAAAGGUCGAAGGGAAGAGAGGAAACACUAUCUGUGUGUUUUAGCUAUGGAUACUUGUAUUAUAGAAACACUCGAGCCGCAUCGUAGAAACAAAGCAAAUAUAUCGACACAUAUAUUUUUAUUGAGUUUUAUAAUACACAGGUAUUUCCUGCGGUAUUGUUUUCAAAUCAACUUGUAUAAUUUUUCGACAUCGAUGGUGUCGCUGUCAAAUCGCCGUAGGUGAAAACGUUUCUUCGUACGUGAGUGUCUCACUGUCACGUCGUGAUGUCUCAUACCUAUGCGCGUACCGUGGAUUUCAUCGAGAAUUCAGGAAUCAUGAUUAUCGCCGAUCGUGAGAUUGCGCUGCGUAUGCGAGAGUAGAUUUGGGCACAAUGACAGUAGCUGUAUAAUAUUAGCUGUUUAUCAUAGAUUACCCAUAUAUUUAAUGGAGCUGCAAAUUGAUUAAUCGUGUAAUUAGUAGUUUAUACUUAAUUGCUCCUUGUGUUGAUCCUGAGUUUGAGCAAACUUCUCCCUUACUCCUAGAUUUUCUAUCAUUGAUGCUGAUGUAUGAAUCCAUGGCUGGUCAUUUCUACAUUUACAAAAUGAAAUUCCAAUGAGGGAGAUAUAUACACUCAUUAUACUCCCCCAGCGUAUUGUUAAUCGAGAUUCGCGCACGCGCGCGAAUCGACGAUUUGUAAUUGUAGAAGUACGUUUUAUUGUCUUCAGAAUCUUGCGCGAGAUGUAUGAUAUUUCAGUAGAAUGUUUACUCUGUACAGGUAAUAUUUACCGAUGUGUUGAAAGUUUUCGUGCGAGAUGCGUUUUAUAUAAUAUUAACAACGGGUAGAGCAGCUCUAAAUAUGAUUUGAACGUUGCUUCGCGUGGAUCGGUGGACGCGUUCAUCGAUCACGCGAAGCGUCUCACGCAAUUGUACAUAUGAAAUUUGAAUUAAUUACAAAUGGCUAUAAACACUUGUGAGAUACAGAUUAUUGCGCCACUUGUAGCCAUACAAGCUCAAAUUCUUUUCUUACUAUUCACUUAUACUUUAUUUUUCAGGGAAGUAAGAGAUGUAUAUUUUUCAUAUUAUUCGCGUAUAGUGUAAAUCUAUAUCUUAAUAUCCCCGUCAAUAAUCUUUUCUCUCCUAGAUUAUGUAUAUAAGUUGUAUUUUUUAAUUUAGUAUUUCGAGGGUCGAGAGGACACGGCGCUAUCAAUUUUCUACUCCAUUUAUUUCUCUCGCGCGUAUUGAGAUUUUAUUACUACCGUUUCAUUUUUUUUUCUGAGACCAUUAUAUUUUAUGGCACGACAGGAUUUUUAUUUUACUAUUAGACUUAUGACUGUAAUUGUCGUUGAAUCAUAGACAAUGUAAAAGGAGAAAGCACAAGCGUUUUAUAUUUUCCUUUCUCAUACGGAAGAUUUCAUAUUUUAGAAAUCGUUGUUGUAGUGUGUCUUAGUAUGAAACUACGUAAAAUCACUGUACGAAAUCAUUGGAAAGUAUCAUUAUUGUUUUUAAAAAUACAAUUAUUUGUUUGAAAAAAAAACAGAUAAUCUAUAAAUUUCUCUUAACAGAAAUUCGCUUAACAUAAUUAUAUUCUGUAUAUCAUUGUUAUCUUUUAUCUUUCUUAAUAUGUAACACAACAAGAUGCGUGAUUAUGUCUCAUGUGCAAACUAUAUAUAUCUGCCGCCAUAAUGUUCUUUUACAAUGUAAAACAUAAUGAUAUCCUAAUAAUUAAACAAUGUAUUAA